AUGGCAUCUUACUUUGAAGAAAAAGGCUUACCAGACCCAACCUUUAAAAAAAAGUCACAAACGACCUCUACCAAUAAUCCCGAUGUUUCGCACUUUUUCAGAGGUACUAAUGAGACAGGACAGAAUGAGGAUUAUCAUGAAAACUAUUCUAAUGUGGAAAGAUAUUUUUCAUUGGCAAAUUUUUUCGGUGCCAUAAGAGAUAGGCGAGCAGGCAACGGUGCCGACACCAAUCAAGAAUUCUUGGAUAAUUUGAUCUCUCAGUUAUUAGAAGAGGCUAAUGCCAACGCGAAAGGUCCUCCGCCGGCUAGUAAGAAAUUUAUUCAAAGCUUGCCCCUAGUUCCAAGGUCAGAGAUUAAGGCUGGUAAUGUAUUGAUCACCGGCAGGUGUUUCGUGGAAAAGCUGUUGUGA